UCAAUCAGUGCUUCAGACUGUUGUUGUUAAUCCGGUCGAGUGGCGACGUGCUAACAUGCUAACUCGGGAUUACUUGACGGUGAAUCAUUGAGAUUUAAGUGAAAUUCAGGUGAAAUUGACGCAGGAAACCCCAGAAACGUUGCCAGAGAGGAGCGUGUGCGCAUGGGCAGCAGACGCAAAACGUGAUGGGAAGUUGAGGAGAAAGUUUACAACUUGUUGACGGCUUCCAGCUAGCUGUGCUGUUAGCCUGCCGGUGGCUGAUCGACAAGUUGAGAGUCCAGGAUUUAGACGGAUCCAUGACCCACUCCCCGGUUCUGUCCGCUUUGUUCGGCAUGACGGACGAGUCCGAACCGCUGGGAGCCGCCGAGUUUAUCAAAGAGCGUCUGUAUUUCGCUACGCUACGAAGCAAACCCAAAAGCACGGCCAACACUCACUACUUUUGCACGGAUGACGAGUUUGUUUACGAAAAUUUCUAUGCAGACUUCGGUCCUCUCAACUUGGCCAUGUUGUAUCGAUACUGCUGCAAACUGAACAAGAAGCUCAAGUCGUUCACGUUGACCAGGAAACGAAUCGUCCACUACACCAGCUUCGACCAGAGGAAGAGGUCCAAUGCUGCGGUGCUCAUUGGAGGAUAUGCUGUGAUCUAUUUGAAGAAAACCCCAGAAGAAGCUUACAGAGCUCUGGUCUCUGGAUCCAACGCCUCCUACCUUCCCUUCAGGGAUGCAUCAUUUGGGAACUGCACCUUCAACCUGAGCGUGCUCGACUGUCUGCAGGGCAUCAGGAAGGCUCUCCAACACGGAUUCUAUGACUUUGAGACGUUUGAUGUGGAUGAGUAUGAACAUUACGAGCGGGUCGAGAAUGGAGACUUUAACUGGAUUGUUCCGGGCAAACUUUUGGCGUUUAGCGGACCACAUCCCAAGAGCAAAAUAGAGAAUGGUUACCCUCUCCAUGCCCCUGAGGCCUACUUCCCCUACUUCAGGAAGCACAAUGUGAGCGCCGUUGUCCGUCUCAACAAGAAGAUCUAUGACGCCAAGCGAUUCACAAACGCUGGCUUCAACCACUACGACCUCUUCUUUCUGGACGGGAGCACGCCCAGUGACAUCAUCACACGCCGCUUCCUGUCCCUAUGUGAUGGCGCGCCCGGCGCCAUGGCGGUCCAUUGCAAAGCUGGUCUGGGAAGGACGGGCACUCUGAUUGGCUGUUACCUCAUGAAGCAUUACCGCUUCACUGCACCUGAAGCCAUUGCGUGGAUCAGGAUCUGCAGACCUGGAUCUGUGAUUGGACCGCAGCAGCACUUUCUGGAAGAGAAGCAGGCGUGGCUAUGGUUGCUAGGAGACAACCAGCGCUCACAGAAGUCCAAGCUGGAGGAGAGGACGGUGCCUCACCUUAUUGCCAGUAUGGAUGACCUCACCUUAAACCCCACAAUCUCUGCCCACAACGCUGGCGUCCAACCUUCAUCAAGCUCCGACUGCCUGCUGGAGAGCAACGUGACCGAGCGAUCCGCUCUAACUCAGGGAGACAAACUGAGAGCCUUAAAGAGUCGACGACCCCCCCGUCCAGCCACCACUGGAGCUUUGAGAGUGGAGCAGGUGAAGAACCACAGCAGGUCCGCAUCGCAACCUCUCAGACUGACCAUGGGUGGAGAUCAGAGCUCCACCUCCCCGCUGAAAUCCUUCAAGUUCCCAACACCGUCUGCUGCUGCUGCUGCAGCCAAGAGGAUCGGUCGAAGUCCGUCGUCAUCCAGCAUGAGUCCCUUCAGUCUGACUACGUCCAGUUCUAGAAGAUCCCAUGUGCCCUGAACACACCACCUUGAUGAUUGCCCUCCUGCUGCUGCUACUCCUCCUCUCUAAAAGACUGAACUUGUAUGUAAAAGAAGUUUUAUUUAGAUAAAUGUUUUUCAUUUUUGUUUUAAAGACUCUUUGACGGAACAAUGACCCCAUUAUCAUGGUUACAGUAUUCACUGCGUGAUUGGCAGAGAUGUUUUGCAGAAUGCUUUUUUUCUUUUAUGCUUUUAACUUAGUGAUUCUGGAAUGGGCUCAGCAGUUUUGAGAAGACCAAUCACAAAAUACACAUGCACACAGAAGGUGUUGCGCUAGCUGUUAGCCUCAGGAAGAAUAGAUAGCUGCUAACUGCUCACACUUAAAAGUUGGACUUGAUUUUAGUUUGUCUAAUGAAUGGCGCUGAUGAUGCCGGAGCUUGGAUGAAGGUUAUUAAUGGAUCACGUGACGGAUUCAGUCUCCUACCUCCUCAAUUUUGGUUUUUAAGAGCAAUAUUGGGCACUUCCAAAAUAAGAGCUGCUGGGACCAAAACGCAGUGUUGCUGUGAAAACAGAACUCACACAAAGUUUUAAGUUUGGGUGAAGUAACAGCAUGGUGAUGAUGAAGAUGAUGAGGAUAACGACGUGUGCCAUAAAGGAGAGUUGAGGUGUUUUUAUGAAAUGAGCUAAAAAAAAAUGUUUAAAAAAAGAACUUCCUGUUUAUCUUAAGUGUACAGAGCAGCUAAUGACACAUUGUAACUAUCUAUCACAGGGCUUUUAUUUUGAAGCUUUCAGGAAGCUUUUAUUUUUUCAACUUUGGAAAGAUGUUUAUUUUCUUGACACUGGAGAAAAUAAAUUAUUUUUGUUGACUG